AUGUGCGCGUGCGCGUCUCUCAGCACAUAUCAAGUGAAUACAUACAGUUGCAAGCAAACUAAUGUAUUUGGGCUUCUAGCCUAUAAACAGAACACUGAAAAACAGCUUAGAGAACUAGAAACAGUAGCUUCCCAGGAACUAGAAACAGUGGUUUCCCAAGAACUAGAAACAGUAGAAGCCAUUAAAGAAACACAAGUAGUGUUAUCACAACCUCAACCACAAUCACAAGAGCAACAAGAACAAUAUCAGUUGCUGAUAAAAGAACGGGGGGACUAUUCUUCUUCACCCGCAAUAGCACCCAUAAAAGCUCCUGCUCCCAUAUUUCCUUUUCAUUUUCGUCCCAGACACAUUUUACCACCUCCCUCAAUACCUUAUUAUCACAUGCCAUUACAGCAUUUAGAGUUUGAAGUUAUUCACGCAACCGGGUGGGAUAACAAUUAUCCGCCCGAACAGGUGAUCCCAAAGGACAGACUACAUUUUGAUAACCCUAGCGCUGCUGGUGUAAAACAUGGCAAAGGAUGGCAAUCACCAAGAUUUUGCUCGUAUCCGCAAGAGAUAAUACUGCAAUUGACGAGUGGACCUGCACGAAUUCUAAAAAUACAAAUAUUAUCACAUCACUAUAAAAUAGCCAGUAAAUUAGAUAUAUACGUGGGAUCUGUGCAACAACGAAAGGAGAUGCUUGGAAUGGUAUCAGCAAACCCCAACAAUAGUAAUGUAGUUAGUAAGAAUAAACAAGAGACAUUGUUAUCAUGGGAUCGGAUGCCCAAAAUUAUAGAUAACGAAACUACUUAUGAUGAUGAUGGUAACAUAAUAGAGACAGCAGAAGGGCCAAAAGAGUUAACAGAUGAUGAUGACAAAGAUGCACAAGAUUUGGACAAGUUAAAUGAUGGACCGUAUGUCCAUUUUCGGCGAUUAGGUUAUUGUUCGUUAGAUAGUAACGAACGAGCACAAUACAAAGCUCGCGAACUAAAAUCUGUGAAGUUAGACACGGAAGGCGAGUAUGUACGUUUCGUGGCACGUAAAUGCCAUUCAAAUCAUUUGAAUCAAUAUAAUCAGGUCGGAAUUGUCGGAAUAACGGUGAUGGGUGAACCUGUCGAUGAUUUACUCGAUGGCGAGAACGAAGAUGUCUCGCGAGUGGCAUCACCUGAAACAUGUGUUGUUCCAAUAACACAUGAUAUAAAUCAAUGGCCAUCACCCGUUCCAAAUUCAAACGCAAAUAUAAAUGACAAAAAUUCGAUGCCUACAACGACCGCGACCAAUGAAAAUUUAACAUCAUCGUAUUCUAUACUUCCGGCAACGGCUGACGAUUAUCAUUGCGCUGAUGAUAAGAAUAAUAUUGCCCCAGAAAAACCGGCUGACUUUUUACAUGAUCCAGAAAAAACUGCCACCUUGGUUGCUGCAUUCGGCAGAGCCAAAGUUAAGGCUGUUGAUAUCGAGGAUUUCCAUCUGGCCAAAGUGUUCAAGCAUUCUAUUGAACUAGUACAAAAGAGUGCCAUAGAAAUCGGAAAACUUGAUAAGUUGAAGAAAGAAGCAAUCACCGAAGAAAAUUAUGAUGAUGCUGCAAAGUAUAAGGCAAGUAAGCAGAUCGAAGAAAUAGAAACAAAAGUCCAAGAAACAAUUAUUGAUGAGGGAAUACAACUGGAUGAGAGUGGCGAGGUUAUCGUUUCUGAUGUCAAGGAUAUUGUUGGAUUGGCGGAUUAUCCGCAAGUGCCGCCUAUUGCUGAGACUGUUCAUGCACCAUCAACGCCGAUAUCUCAGCCGACGACAAUAUCGCGAAAAAACACUGAAAUGACCUUCAAUAAUCAAGAUCAAAUAAAAUAUCAACGGACAAAACGUCAAGACAGUACCUACAAUGACAAAUAUCCACAUUAUCCGACCAACAUAAUAACCGAAAGUCUUCGCCGCUCGCCAUCUCCUUUGUCUCUCGCUCCAAAAAGUCGAACAAGUAGUAAUGCGUCACGCAUGAACGCGUCCGAUCAAGAACCAUUGACUCCAACAUCACCAACAUCACACAAAGCAACACUCUUUUCGACUCCCACAGCCGCUACCUCUCUCUCGUUCAAUGAUAAUAAUAAUCCGACAACAUGGGAAACAAUUGAGGACGAACGUCCAUUGCCUGCUCUCUCAAAUUCCAGAUCACCAGUUAUUCCUCCACUGGUUGAUGAUGAAGAUGAAUCAGAACAACUUUCGAAUCUUGCCCGAUCAGCAUUUGCACUGCCUGUCUCGAUGUACGGUGAAAAAGUAGUUGCAAAUUUAUUGUCAAAGAAAUUCAAGUUACGUGAAGCUGCUUUGACUGAAGUUAUUCAAAGACUCGAUGUGAAUCAAGGAAGAGGAAAGGAUUUGGAUGGUGCUGAUAAAGUGACCAUGGUUAAAGCUGCAUUCCAUGUAUUGGAAGAAGGCUUCAAUGAUAAAAAUACGGAAAAAUUGACACUACAAACUAUCAGUUUAUGGGAAACAUUAACUAAUUUUGCCCUUUACCAUCAAAUACCACAAUCAUCUACUUCCAAACUAAUCGAACAUACCUUUCCAUUACUAUUCGCCAAAAUAUCCGACACAAAUCCACGCAUAAAACAAAACGCCACCGAUCUAUUUGUCAUGCUUGCAAAAACAUACCGGUCGCCAAACCAAACGGUUGUCUCGCUCGUACUAAAACCAUCACACUCUCAAACUCAACCACCGAAGCAAGCAAAGGCCAAGGUGGAACUCAUCACUCGACUAGUUGAAGAAUUUGGAAUUGCUAUGAUUCCUAAAGGCAAAUUCGAAAAAGAUACUGGGCUUAGUCUUGAGGGUGUUAUGGAAGUGGCGGUCUCUUAUUUGAAUCAUAGUAAUGGGGAAGUUCGCGAUGCUGCCGUGAAAUUGGUCGUUGAAGUUUGUCGACAUUCACAUUCGCAUAUCGAAACUGUCAAGGGAUAUCUUGAUGGUGUCAAGCCACUAAUUGUUGAGAAUAUUCUUAAACUUGUGAAGGCUCUUCCUACGCCUCCUCCAGUUUUAACGAUGCUUGAUGUCGAUGAAGAACUUUUGCACCGUCCAUUAGCAAAACGAGGGACUUUAUCACGUCUCGAACAACAAUUAAUGGAAGUUAAAGCAUUGGUGAACAAUGUAAAUCAUUUUGUCGCUGAUGAUUAUAACGCUUAUAUCGCCAACACAAAGAAAAAUGUAGCACCAGGAUCUUCACAAAAUGAUGAUCAAGUUGAUGAACAAGUCAUUUCGCCUGCACAACCCGAGCCAACUGAAGUUCCAACAGAAGUUACACCUAAAGUUGAUCUCACUCCAACUAAUACUACAACGACGAAAAAGACAUCGGCCACUGCUAGUAGUCGCACUACCUCGAAAACUGCCUCUUCAACUAAAUCUAACACCACAGCAAGAAAAUCCAAAAAAUCAGAAGAAGUUGAAUCGCAUACACCUGCUCGUAAACAGAAACCCUCAACAAAACCCAGCACUCGAGCUGCAUCUAAUGGUAAAACAGUUAGCAAUCGGAGAGGAUCCACAACAGAAGAUGCCAAAAGUUCAAAAACAUCUUCCAAGAAUUCUAAACCCGUUGAACCAUCACCUCCUGCUCCUGCACCUAUAACUGAAGAAGCUGACGACGAGUUAAGAAGCGAAAGAUGCUGUAUUUUCUGUGAUGAACAUAACGAUGAUUUCACGGAAGAAAAUUUGGUUACUCAUUACUGGAAUGAUUGUCCAGUGUUGACUAAAUGUACUUUAUGUAAUAUGAUCUUGGAAAUCUCUACAUUAGAUGAUCACAUGUUAUACGAUUGUGACAAGAGCAAAUUUGUUAAACAAUGUCCUCGGUGUCGUGAAGUUAUCCCAGCUGAUAAUUAUUUGGAACACGUCGCAAAUCAAUCAUGUAUGGUCAUCCCGUCACAUAUAGUUCGAUGUCCUUUGUGUAAAAGUGUGGUGAAACCCGCCACCGAAGCAGGAUGGAAAGAACAUUUAUUGAAUGACGACGGAUGUUCGAAAAAUCGAAGAAAGAAUAGACCCGUAGUCAAUUCUGCAACCCCCGCUGUUAAUACCACUUCAACAAAAGAACGAGAAAGCUCACACAGUGAAAAACGAUCAAAGACGUCUUCACAUGAUACACCAAAAUCAUCUGCUCAAAGUAAAACGACGAGUCGGAAAGUCACUGCUAGUUCGACAAAGGAUAAACCGAGAAAACCAUCAACAAAAACAAGAGUAAGAAGCAACUCAUAA